AUGGGCUCGACGCCGGGGAGCAGCUACGACUGCUCCUUCAAGGUGCUGCUCAUCGGCGACUCCGCCGUCGGCAAGAGCAGCCUCCUCGUCAGCUUCGUCUCCGCCGCCCCCACCGACGAUGACAUCUCCCCCACCAUAGGGGUGGAUUUUAAAAUCAAGUUUCUCACUGUUGGGGAUAAGAAAUUGAAGUUGACAAUAUGGGACACCGCUGGCCAGGAGAGGUUUAGGACAAUCACUAGUUCUUACUACAGAGGUGCUCAUGGAAUUAUCUUAGUUUAUGAUGUCACGAAGAGACAAAGUUUCACAAAUUUGGCUGAUGUAUGGGCCAAAGAAAUAGAAAUGCACUCAACAAACAAAGAGUGCGUCAAAAUGCUUGUUGGAAACAAAGUGGACAAGGAUGAGGACAGAAUGGUAACAACAGAAGAAGGUCUUGCCUUUGCACAGCAGUGUGGAUGCCUUUUUCUUGAGAGCAGUGCCAAAACAAGAGAAAAUGUGGAGAAAUGUUUUGAAGAGCUUGCACUAAAGAUUCUCGAGGUCCCAAGUCUGUCGGAGGAAGGCUCGUCCGUCGUCAAGAGGAACUCGCUGAAACAGAAGCACGAGAAGAGCGGGGGAUGCUGUCAGUAG